GUGCACACACUCUGUGAUUUAAAAUCUGACCGCUCUGGCGCUCUGACGUUACUGACACUGUGUAUAGUUGUAUGUAUGUAUGUACAAUACAUACAUAGUGAGCAUAAGUAUUAGUAUAUAUAGAGAAUGUUUAUUUUGUACGUAUGUUAUUUGUAGUUAUAAUUUUGUAAAUAAUACAACGUUACAAUGGAAACUGAUUUAGUAGCAGAAAUUGAUAAGAGUCUCUGUAUUGUGAUUUUAGAUAUAAAUCCCAUGCAAAAGCUUGUCAAACAAAUUUUGACUCAAUGUUUAGACUCAACUAUUGUUUUCUCAAAUGCACACCUAAUGCAAACACCAAAUAAUCACAUUGGAAUUAUGGCUUGUCAUAGCCAAGGUGCACAGUUUCUCUAUCCCAAAGACAAAAUGCCAGAAAUUCGGCAGUUUGAUGGACAAUAUGAAAAAUUUACUCAACUUGAAAGAACUGUCAGACAAGAAAUUCAUAAAAUGGUAUGUGAUAUGUCUAUGGAUAGAAGUUGUAACGAGGAAAGUUUGAUAUCUGGUGCCUUAUCUAUGGCUUUGUGUUAUAUUACUAGAAUGGAAAGAGAAAAAAUAGCAGGUGAAAAAUUACAUUCCAGAAUCUUAGUUAUCACUGCUAGUCAUGAUUCUGCAACACAGUAUAUGAAUUAUAUGAAUAUCUUUUUUACUUCUCAGAAAAUGGGUGUUAUAUUAGAUGUUUGUAGUUUAGAUCAUGAACUUACUCUUCUCCAACAAGGUUGUGAUUUAACUGGUGGUAACUACCUGAGGGUUCCGCAACAAAAUGGGCAACCUCCAUUAGCAGGCUUGUUGCAAUAUCUAUUGUGGAUAUUUUUGCCUGAUCCAUCAGUCAGGUCAAAGUUAGUACUACCACCACCAGUUAAAGUAGAUUAUAGAGCUGCAUGUUUCUGCCAUCAGGUACUUGUUGAUACAGGAUUUGUUUGUUCAGUAUGUUUAUCAAUAUUCUGCAAGUUCAGCCCUCUUUGCACAACAUGUCAUACUAUUUUCAAAAAUCCUGCUCCAAUUCCAAUGAAAUUGAAGAAGAAAAAGAGAAGUGUGGAUCCUGUUCCUUAAACGAAUUAUUUAUAUUUUUAUUAUGAUGUUUAUCUGACGAGAUGUGUAAGCACGAAUAUACGGAUCUUUCAAAUUGUUUAGUUCCGAAGAUUAACACAUAAUCCAUAUUAUUUUUCGUGAAUUAUUUAUCGCGAUAUGUAUAUUUGUUAAUUCAAUGUUAAUCAAAACACAAAGCAUUAAAUGUUUACAUUCAUAUUUAAUUUAUUCUAAUAGGAAUUCUUAAUGUUAGCUAAUUUUCCUAAAAAAUACAUGUUUUUAAGUACAAAUUAUACUUCAAAGCAAACAAAGAUAUCUCGACGAGUAAAAUAAUUAUUCCGUUGAAAAAAGGCAACGGGUUAGCAGCAUAGCGCUUCAGGGCAAAGAAGAAAAACCUCCACUCUUUAUAAGUAUAAAUGACCCUUUCAUUAACGUUACGCAAACAAGUAAAGAAAGGGUUAGCUGACACUCAAUUCAUAAGCAUAACUGGAUUUUUCUAGCCAAGAGUACUUUAUGGCACAGAAAUUGCAUAAAGAAGUUAUAUUUCUUUUGAGUUUUGGUAUGUAUUUUAUGUUUAUAAGCUUUCUUUGUAGCAAUAAUUGACGCUCGUAACAUGGCUACUUUCUUAGUAUGUAAAUUCUUUCUUUUAUUCAAUCAAUCUCCUGAUUCUAUUUUUUAAUAUUUUUAUUAGAAAUCUCUGUGGAAACAGCAUUUAAAGCAAAUAAAACUGCCUUUCAAUUACUAAAAACUUAACGACAUUGGAUACAGUAAAUUGAAAAAGUAUAUUUUGGACAUAUGUUAUAAAAAAUUUAAUUGAGGAUUUAUUAGUUGAAAUUUAUUAGUUGAUUUGUUAGUCUCUGAAAACAUUUAAGCUCACUACUAAGUUUGGAAAACUUUUUUCCUCAAUAACGUAAGGUCACAAACUUCUUAAAUUCGCAAAACCUCGGAAAAAUUAAUCGCAACUACACAUUAAAAUACCCAUAUACAUGUUCGGUCAAACUUUGUAGAGGUUUAGAGUCUAAGCUAAUUAGCUUAUAACUAUAAAACCCUGUUUUUCAUUCUAUAAAUGUAGAAUGCAAUUUCGUGUUCUGCUUGAGUUUUUGCAAAUUCAAUACUGCAAGUAUAUUUGUGCAACAUCUUUAUUUAUAAUUAAAAAACGAUUAGUGAAGAAUGCUAGAUUUUUACAUUUUUCGCAGAAAAUUGAACAUACUUGUACAGUGAAAGAUCAAUUUAUAAUAACUAAUUUUGUAAUAAAUCAAUUACACAACC